AUGGCGACAGUCGAAACCUCGCAACCGAAAAAUCAGCAGAAUGAGGCGGAUGAUGCGUCACCGUCCACCACGGCCCCUGGUGUCGGGACUGGAGAUGACGAAAAAGUACAAUCACCAGUUUCAAACGAAGACUGGGAGUAUAGUUCUCAGAAUCCGUACAACUGGUCCACGCAGUCAAAAGUCCUACAAGUUUUGAUGAUGGCAUCUGCCGCUUUCACAACCUCUGUGGGUGUGUCAAUCCUAUCUCCAGCUCACAUUCAAUUUAUGGAAGAGUUUGGAGUGGGUAGCACAGUCGCUAUACUACCCCUCUCGCUUUACGUGUUUGCACUGGGACUUGGCCCCGUUGUCGGCGGACCUUUAUCUGAGACGGUGGGGAGGUACCCUGUAUACCUGGGGUUCUGCUUUGCCCCAUCUCUGGCUAUUGCUGGCGGCACCAUCAACGAAACUUUCAAACCCGUCAAGCGUGCCCUUCCUUCCACGAUUUUUAUUCUGACUCCUUUUCUCGGACCUGGCCUCGGACCGGUCAUUGGCAGCUUUAUUGUAAACCGCAAAGGCUGGCGGUGGACGCAGUGGACGAUGAUUUUCUUCGGCAUUUUAACGAUCAUUAUAUCUCUUUUCGCUAAGGAGACAUUCCAUCCGGCCAUUAAGCGUCGAGUCGCCAGUCAAUUCGGUCGGGCAUUAUCUGAAUCGCCGCCCCUGGCUUUCAAGCUUCGAUUCUUUAUGACAAUUGCCCUCUUCCGUCCAAUCCAAAUGUUGCUAAGCGACCCAAUCGUUGCUUUUAUAUGUCUCUAUGUGGCUUGUCAAUUCGCGACACUCUUUUCCUUUUUUGCUGCCGUUCCCCUCGUUUUCCAGGGAGUAUAUGGUUUUGGGAUUGAAGACUCCGGUCUUGUGUUUCUCUCCAUAGUAGUCGGAUGUCUUCUUGGAGCCCUUACGGUACUUAUUUGCGACGUACUUCUCUAUCGACCUCGGGUUGCCGGAUUUCCUGGUGGCCAUAUUCCACCAGAGUAUCGCCUCUUCCCUGCCAUGAUCGGGAGUAUCGGUCUUCCGACUGGACUAUUCUGGUUGGGGUGGACAGCACGCGCAAAUAUAUCUUGGACUAAUCCAGUUGUGGCAAUUAUGAUAUUUGCAUGGGGGAACCUAUGUGUCUUCGUCAGCACCACGCAGUAUAUUGUUGACACUUACCAUGGAUUAACUGUUGCCAGUGCCAUGAGUGCAAAUAGUCUGGCGCGUUAUGGACUUGCAGCUGCGUUCCCUCUCUUUACAAUCCAAAUGUACACCAAGCUCGGCAUUGGGUGGGCUUCGAGCCUCCUUGGUUUCAUUGCUGUCGCUCUGUUACCGGUUCCUUGGCUGUUCUUUGUGAGUGGGCAUAAAUUGAGAAGAGUGAGCAGGUUUGAGACUGCAGACAUUUAG